CAAGGAGCAGUUCAGUGUGGAGACGGUGCCGGCGGCGCGGCGGCGCAGGAAGCCGGCCGGUGCAGGCGCGCGGGAGAAGUACCUGCUGGCGCUGGUGGGUCUGCUGGCGUUCACGGCGCUGCUCUUCCUCGUGCUCUACUUGCAGACGUCGUCGACGGGCGCGGCUCGCAGAGGUCGUGCGAAAGUAUGCGUCACACCUGAAUGUGUUACAACAGCUGCCUCGCUGCUGGCCGCCAUGGACCGGACGGCCGACCCUUGCCACGACUUCUUCCAGUUCGCCUGCGGCACGUACAACAAGGAGCAUGUGAUUCCGGAAGACCGCAGCAGCAUAUCGACCUUCGAGGUGCUCGCCGAUCACCUCCAGGUCACCAUUAAAGGUCUUUUGGAAGAUCCUGUAGUUGACGUCAGGGAUAGCAACACGACGAGAAAAGCAAAAAUGUUUUAUUCCAGUUGCAUGAACACAUCCCAGAUCCGUCUGGAGGGUGACCGGCCGCUGCGUCGCGUGCUGGACGAGCUGGGCGGCUGGCCGGUGCUGGAGCGCGGCUGGCAGGCCCCCAACACCAGCCUGGAGCGCUUGCUCGGUACCAUGCGCAGCCAGUACGACCAGGGCGUCGUGCUGGAGAUGUGGGUCGGGCCCGACGAUCGCAACUCCUCCAUCAACAUCAUCCAGAUAGACCAGAUGGUGCUGUCGCUGCCGUCGCGGGAGUACUUCGUUUCGGACCGGUACCGGCGCGAGCUGGACGCCUACCGUAGCUUCAUGACGGAGGUGGCUGUGCUGAUGGGCGCCGAGCCGCUGUACGCGCAGGCCGAGAUGAACCGCGUGCUUCAGCUCGAGAUCGCCCUCUCCAACGCGUCCGUGCCGGAGGCUGACCGCCAGGACACGGGCGCCAUCUACACGCGGAUGCCGCUGCACAUCCUCACCAACUCCGUGCCGGGCUUCAACUGGCGCGAGUACCUGCAGAGUCUGCUGCACGUGCCCAUCAACGGCAACGAGCCGGUGGUGGUGUACUCGAUGCCGUACAUCCGGGCCGUUGGCCAGGUGGUGAUGAACACGGAGCGCAGGGUUAUUGUCAAUUACAUAAUGUGGAAGCUGGUGAAGGACACCAUACAGUACAUGACGCCCCCGUACCAGAAACUCCUGGCAAAGUUCAGGAAGGUGCUGCUGGGUAUACCGUCGGACAGGAACCGGUGGAACCGCUGUGUGGAAUGGACCAACAAACACUUCGGUAUGGCAGUCGGCGCACUUUUUAUCAAGAAAAAGUUCAACCACGAAAGCAAGCGGACGGCGCUGGAGAUGAUUCACACGCUGCGGGAGGCCUUUAUCGAGCUGCUGGAGGACAACAUCUGGAUGGACGACGCUACGCGAGCUGUUGCUCGGGAGAAGGCCAUGGCCAUGAACGAGCACAUUGGCUACCCGGAGUUCCUCACCAGGCCGGCCGAGCUCGACAAGGAGUUCCAGGGGAUCGAUGUGAGCAACAGUUCGUUCCUGUUGAACAUCUUCCGCAUGCUUAAGUACAAGGCACAACGGAACCUGAGCAAGCUACGGAAGCCGGUGACAAAGAACAAGUGGUCUACCGAGCCGCCAGUGGUGGUUGUCAACGCCUUCUAUAACCCUAACAAAAACGACAUUGUCUUCCCCGCUGGUAUCCUACAGCCGCUAUUCUACAGCCAGUAUUUCCCGAAGUCACUCAACUACGGUGGAAUCGGCGUCGUCAUAGGACACGAGAUCACACAUGGUUUUGACGACAAAGGACGACAGUUCGACAAGAACGGCAAUUUGAAGCAGUGGUGGGACAACGCGACCAUUCAGGCGUUCCAGAAGCAGACUGAGUGCAUAGUGAAGCAGUACUCAUCGUACCGGCUGGAGCAGAUCGGCCGCCACGUCAACGGCAAGAUGACCCGCGGAGAGAACAUCGCCGACAACGGCGGCCUCAAGCAGGCCUUCAGGGCGUACCGCAAGUGGGUGACGAGGAACGGCGAGGAGGACCUGCUGCCUGGCAUUGAUCUGACGCACGACCAACUCUUCUUCCUCAACUACGCGCAAAUUUGGUGCGGCUCGAUGCGACCCGAGGACGCCGAGACAAAGAUCAUGUCGUCGGUGCACGCGCCCGGCCCCAUCCGUAUCUUGGGGCCGCUCUCCAACUCGGAAGACUUCGCCCGCUCCUACCGCUGCCCGGUCGGCAGCCGCAUGAACCCCAGCCACAAGUGCACCGUGUGGUGA